AUGUCUUCUCAAUCAUACCGUCGCUCAUUUAAUGAGGAUAGUGGCAGUCGGAGACCCUACAGUAACCUGGGAAUAGCCAGGUCUGGACGGAGACAAGACGAGGUCGUGGGCCGCGAAGCUGCAGACAGGGCCUUUACCUAUGACCUCUGGCGGAGAGACAGACAUGAGCGCGGGGUGAUUGAUUCUUUCAGUCGCGCCAGAUUGACCAACCAAACCCCACGGCAUUCCGCUUGUCAGAUCAAGACAGAGCACCCAGACAGGGAUUGUGGCGCAGUGUUGAAUGGGGUGUCCCUGUUUGUCCCCGAAGAAAGCCCCAAUGAGGCAAGGAGUGGUCAUGAAAAUUCAGUGACGGCAGAGAAUCCGAGUUCGCCUUCUAUCGGCAGUCAUAGGGACACGAACCCUCCACAUGCGCCAACACAAACAGGCUCUUCUGAUGCGGUUAUUCGACCAAGAGGCUUGUCUGAUGCACUGGUUCCCUCAAGACCAGCAGGCUUCACGAAUGCAACGGUUCCCCCAGCUCAAUGUAAAUGCCCGGUCAGUCUGUUCUGCGAGGCAAGGGUCGACAAAUACAUUGACUGUCGCACGCUCGUUCUGGAAUGGAACAACUGGAACAAGCGACAGCAGAAAGAGAGUAUGCCAGAACCACCAAUCGACGUCCUUCCAGAAGACGAACCAUUCGCCACACUCUCAGAGGUCCAAGUCAUCACAGGCCUGCUAGACAAAGUCGAAACACGACCGAGAAUGUCGCGGGCUCUGCGCAUGGCAUUCAGCAUGAUUCAAGACUGGAUCCGACGGAUGCAAAGCAACUCGGUGGCCGAGGACAUACUCACCCAGUCCCACGCACUCGAGCACCUUAAACACUUUCUAUCAGACGAUAACAGCCAACUACGGCGCGAGAAGCAGGUCCCGCAAUCCAUGAUCGAAGAUCUAACAAUUAUCCAGCGCAAAUGGGAGAACGGCGACCUGUCCGUCCUAGCAUGUCGCGGACUUCGCCAGACUCGCAACGAUGGUCAAUGGUCAGCAGACCCUAAUUGGCAACACGCCCGCAACGCCGACUUCCUUGGCCACGGCCUCCUCGUCAACGGCCAGACAUGGCACUACCGCGCAGAGAUGUGCCGCGAUGGCGCCCACGGCCCGCCCAUCGCCGGAAUCUCAGGCACGGCUCAGGACGGUGCGCGGAGUAUCGUCAUGGGCUACCACGAUAACGUCAAGAAAGAGUACUAUGCGGAUAUCGAUCAAGGAGACAAGAUCUGGUAUCUAGGCACGGCGUUGCCGAGAGGUGAAAAUGACAAGAGACCUACUAACCUCAAGGAUCCAACUGUGGUCGGCCUACGGCGUCAGCGAAUCACUCCCGGCUCAAAGGGACAAGGUCCUACAGCCAGCACAAGGGCCAUGGUAACAUCGUACCGCACAGGCAAUCCUGUGAGAGUGUUUCGCUCGUUCCGCCUCGCUAAGAUUGUCCCGAUGCGGCCCCCGCGCGGCUUCCGUUAUGAUGGGCUGUACACCGUUACUGAUUUCGAGAUCCUCAAUACCGAGAGGCAGAUUUACCGGUUUGUCUUGGAGCGCCUGGCCACAGGCCAGGGCCCGCUCCGAGAGAAUCUCGCGCCACCGAAGCCCGAGGCCAGGAAACGCAAGAGGGAGUAG